AGUUAAAAUCGACGAAGAAGAAAACCGUCGACGAUUAAUGACGCAAUUCCAUGCGCGACGAAGUUUCCAACAUGGCUGAAGCAGAGCCAGAGAAAGUGAUCAAGUUAGUUCCAGAGUAUCUCUUGAAAAAGAGAAAAAAAUACCAGGCUAUUAAAGCCACGCAAGCGAAGCUUGCACUACUUGAAAAGAGAAAGGUCUGUAAAGGUACACCGAUAAAGUUCAAGCGUCUGGAAGAUUUUUUGAAGGACAGCCACAAGACACUUCGUGAUGAAACUCGGUUACGUAGGCUUCAACAGAGGCCGCCUCCUAAAAUGCCUCCUGCAAAGUAUAAAUUAGCCUUAGCCGUUCGGAUUAGAGAUAUUAAAGGUAUCAGUCCCAAAGUGAUGAAGGUCAUCCAGAUGUUGAGGCUGAGAAAAAUAUUUAGUGGAACUUUUGUCAAGAUCUGCAAGACCUCCAUCACCAUGUUAAAGAUUGUUGAGCCCUACGUGGCUUGGGGAUAUCCAAACUUAAAGUCUGUGCGUGAGCUCAUUCUGAAGAGAGGACAGACCAAAGUGAACAGUAAGCCUGUUCCUUUAACAGAUAACAACUUCAUUGAGGAACACAUGGGUAAACAUGGCAUUAUCUGUUUGGAGGACUUGAUUCAUGAGGUUUACUCGGUUGGCAAGGCCUUCCGGGAAGCCAACAACUUCUUGAUGCCUUUCAAACUGUCAGUGGCCCGUCAUGCUGCCAGGGACAAGGCCGGGCUGCUCAAGGACCUAGGACAACCUGGAUUUCGUGGCACAGACAUUAACAACAUCAUCAGGCAACUGAACUGAGGGAACAGCAUAAAAUGGACAUGGAGCAGCAACCUAAACGGGGCAGUGAUGUACUUAUCGUGGUUUUCAAUUUAAUGAACAAGACUUACAUUUUGUUGCAUGGUUGAUAUUAUGAGCCACUAGAAGGAGCUGUUCACCUGGGUGAUUGUACUCAGUUGUUGACUUGUAUAUUUUGAUGUAUGUCAUGAUUAAUUGGGAAAGUUUUGUGCAGUUUGGUGGGUUGUUGUACUAAGGCAAGGGAAUGGAACCCCUGCUGCCCUUUCCUUAGCAUUUUCCGUUGUAAAAAGAUGAUGACACUUGUAAUAAAAUUGUAAAAUAUAUAAA